GUAGUAAUAAUAAUAAUAAUAGUAAUAAAGUGCAAAACAGCUAACAACAAAGAACAUUUAGAAAAGAUAUAAAUUAAGAACUAUAAAAAACGUUAAAUCUAUAUUAUAUCAGCAGUCAGACAUGGAGUUUUAGCAGCAUUUCGACAUAUGAGUCUAAAAGAGGAGGAGUAGGAGAGUGGGGAGAGAGUUCAGCUUCCUGACAGCCUGGUGGACGAAGCUGUUUGACAGUCUGGUGGUGCGAGCCCGGAGGUUCCAGUAUCUCCUCCCAGAGUGCAGGAGGCUGAGGAGACCGUGUGAGGGGUGGCAGGAGUCGCUCACAAUCAUGGUCACUUUGCGGGUUUCUUUUAACUGCCUAUGACUGCUGCAACAAAUUAACUACUGCGGCAGUGUUCAAGGAAAUGGUGAUCUUUGAUUGCCUUUCUGCUGACGUCUGCACAUUUCGGUCUCCAAGCCGUCUCCAAACAUUGACACGGUCACGGUAAAGGAAUGCUUAUCUCUGACUUGCUCGGCUUGGGUCAAUAUGAUUUAGCUCAGUGGAGUCUGCUGUCCUUUCAGCUGCAGCUGGAGAUCGCCCUGCUGCAGGGAGAGCUGCAAACGGAGCAGACACAGCUCCACAGACAGACACAGAAGCUGCAGGCUCUACAACAGCAGGCCAGGAAGAAGGAGAAGCACAAACACACCGACAGAGUGAAGGGGCGAGAGAGUCUGGAGGAGGAAAGACGGAGGGUGAAGGAACUGAAGGGGAGGUGUGGGGAGAAGGAGAAGCUGAUCCCAAGUCAGCCAGAGAGCCAGAGAGAACAGCUAACACUGCAGCUGCAGCAGGAGAAAGAGGUGAUGGAAGCGGCAGUUCGGGCCUUUGAAGACUGGGAGUUCCGUGUUCUGGAGCAAGAGAGCGGCAUCGAUGAGGAGGAUGCGAGCAUGGCGGACGUAGAGAAGGAGAGGCAGAGUGAUGGUCACACGGAAAAGGAAAUCUCUCGUCAGCAGCAUGCGAUCAAGACCGUGCAGGAGCGAGUCCAGCAAUUACAGAGCCAGCUGAAGGAGAUGGACAGGGAGAAGGAGAGGGAGUUGAAUGCCUUGAGGAAGGAGAGGAAAGACCUCGUCCACACAAAUCAAACAGUUCUCAAAGAGAAGAAGCCGUCCACUGAUUGGUCCAACAUUACCGGCUCAGCCCCCUGCAUGAUGUCACUUUCCCCUGUGACCGUUCACAAGCCUCCUCAGGAACCAGGCAAAGAAUCAGUCAGUUUUCCCAGAAGACGGAGCUCGCAUCGCAACAGACUCAACGACAGGCCGCUGUCGGCACAAGGGCUUGUGAGGACACUUCCAGACAGCCAGACCCCUGAGGCUUUCACUUCCCCCCACCCUUCCCAUAGGCUCAGCAAUGGCCACAGCAGCGGCCACAGACAUGGGAACAGCAAUGGCGGCGGGUUCCUCACUCCAUGCAACAGUGCAACAAGCUCCCGCGCUGCCAGCCCGUCUCUGUUGGACCUUGUGGAGAUCGAGAAGAAAUUGAGGGAAGCCAAGGCAGAGAGAGAGAGGCUGCUCAUAGAGAGGGAAGAGCGGCGGUGGUUUUUGUUGGAGGAGAGAAGGCAGAAAGAGCUCAACUCUUCCGAAACCGAACCACGGGAGCAACAUAACCCACAAAGGCCAGAGCCAGAACCAAAGGAGCAACCAAAGGCCAGUUCUCCCCCAAACUCCCCAGAGGCCAUCCAGCAGCACAGCCUUCCCCUCUUCCUCUCUCCCAACUUUGACCUCCGGGCCCAUGUGGAGUCUCUGGGUCACGGAGUGUCCGGCUGCAUGGACCUGCGGCUGACACCUCGACGCUGCGCCGGCUUCCUGACCAAAAGAGGAGGGAGGGUCAAGACCUGGAAGAAGAGAUGGUUCCUGUUCGACAUGGACCACAAACGACUAGCCUACUAUACAGAUUGUGAUGAGAGGAAGCUGAAGGGAGUCAUCUAUUUCCAGGCCAUAGAAGAAGUUUACCUCGACCAUCUACGAACAGCCGCCUCUUCUUCGCGGCCCAGUCUGACGUUCUGCUGCUGAAGACAUAUGACCGUUCUUUUUUUUUCUGGUGGCGACCAAUCCGGUGUCCAUGCGGAUUUGGAUGGAUGUCAUUGUCACGGCAACAGACGAGCACAGCCGUUAUUGACCUCUUGCAGAAGUGACUGCAAAACCCACGAGUGAAGCCACUGCAUGCAGUGAGCCAUCUCACCUGGUGUGAGGGCCCGGUUUGGGCUGAGAUCCACCUUGGGUGGGCUGAUUCUGCACCUGGACUGACUGAUCUGUGGAUUUGUGUGAGAUGCGGAGGUGCAGUGGUUCAAGAUGCCAGACAGAUGUGCUUGAAAAACACAGCAGAGGAAACUGUUACGUGACGCUUGAGUGGCAGCGGAGGUUCACCGCUGAACGGACUAGUGGACCAGUACAUUACGACACACUACAACAGGGAGUGGAUACAAUAAUAGCUGUGACUGUACAAUAUAAUGCAAUCCAAUAUAAAAACCCAGCAAUAAAAACACCAUAUUAGACAACCAGAGAGGUCAGGUGUUUGCACAAUCAUGUAUCUUUGUUUUAUGAAUUACAUUUUCAUGACAUAAGUUAUUAUUUGGAAAUUUAUAUGGGUUUGAUAUGCAAAUAAAUGAAGGUAUACACUGUUA